AUGCCAAUUCAUGGGCAAUCUUCUGGUCCGCCCCCAUUCACCUCGGAGAAACCUCCGCAUGUCACGCCACCUUUUAUCCCGGUAGUGACAGGAAUGGGGAUGCCCUCAUCAGAAAUUGCGGGUGUAGGCACAAGCAAGACCAUGACGGAAUACCGUUGUGACGAGCUGGAAGAACGGCUAAGGCCCAUAGAGGGGACUCGGACCGCCAGUACCGCCAGACCCUCAGAUUACUGCCUAGUGCCUAAUGUAGUCCUUCCUCCAAAGUUUAAGAUGCCAGACUUUGAGAAUUUUGACCGGACCACAUGCCCUCAGACCCACCUCCGGAUGUAUUGUCAGUCGAUGGCCACCUAUACCGAUAAUGAGAAGUUGAUGAUCCAUUGUUUUCGAAGCAGACUUACCGGGACAGCGGCUAGAUGGAUGUCUCUUUCUGAAAUGGAGAAAAAGCCAACAGAAGCUUUCAGGGAGUAUGCACACCGUUGGAGAGACACAGCCACUCAAGUGGACCCUCCGGUCAGCUACCGUGAGGCGAUAUCGAUGUUCGUAGGGACGUUAAAAGAUCCCUACCAUUCACAUCUGGUAGGGUCCACCCCUCAUAACUUCAUGGACAUUGUGGCGGCAGGGGAUAGAAUGGAAGCCGACGUCAAAGCUUGA